GUUUAUUAGGAUUCGCUUUUCUCCAAGAGAAUAUAGAGAAGAAACAAAAAAAAAGUUUCAAGAAACUCUGACGGUUACGACGGCUAUGGCGGCGGCGAAUACACAAGACGGUGUUUCCGAUGACCUAAACUACGAAACGUGGGCUCCCACCGUGAAAACUACACUCGUGGAGAAAGGUCUCUGGGACGUCGUCGAAAACGGACUCCCACCGGAUCCGACGAAGAAUCCAGAGUUAGCGGCGACGAUCAAAGUCGCGGAUCUCGCACAGUGGAGAAACCGCGUGAUGAGAGACAUCAAAGCGCUGAAGAUAAUGCAAUCCUCUCUCCCGGAUUCGUCCUUCAGGAAGACUAUAACGGCUGCUUCGGCCAAGGAGCUUUGGGAUUCGCUGGAGAGAGGUAACGAAGAAGCGAAACUCCGUAGGCUAGAGAACCAAUUCGAGGAGCUUAGCAUGUGCGAAACGGAAUCGAUCAAAUCCUACUUCGCUAGGGUUUCGAGAAUCGUCGAGCAGUUGCGUGUUUUGCACAAGGAGAAAUCUGAUUACGAGGUCGUGAAGAAGGUUUUAGCAUCGCUCUCAACGUCAUACAAGGAAGCUGCUCCUGUGAUUGAAGAGCUCAUGGAUGUGAAGAAUAUGAAUCUCGACAGCCUUGCUGAGUUUUUCCGUAGGUUUGAUGCGAUGCCGGAUGAAUAUGUUUAUCGGAUGAUGAAGCAAGAAGCUGAGUCUGGUGGUGGUAAAUGGUGUGACGUGUGCAAGAAGGAAGGUCAUAACAGAGAAGAAUGUUAUUCCAUACCUAAGGAAGGGGACUGGACUAUCCAACCGGAUUUCGGGACAGAGCCGGAAGAUGGAGUAGCAGCUGACUACGUGAUGCUGGCGAAGUCGGAGUUGGGUGCCUUCACGUACGACGAGGAUACGUGGAUGAUAUACGGCCACGCCACGUGCAACAUGACUCCGCAUGAGAAGCUUUUCACCAGACUAGACAGAAGGCAGAAGGCUAAGGUUGGUUUGGUGGACGGAACGGUUAUCAUGGCGGAAGGAAGCGGAGAUGUGAAGAUUGCGAUGAAGGACGGGAAAAAGAAGACGAUCAGGGAUGUGCUUUUUGUUCCACGUGGAAUCAACAGAAACGUGUUGAGUGUUCCUCUGAUGACAUCGAGAGGCUGUUCGUUCGAUUCUGGAGAGAGAGGUGAGUGCGUUGUUCGUGAUAAGACUGGAGCUGUGUUUGGGGAUACUACGUGGGAUGAGAGAGGAUUGUCUAUUCGUAUGCAGGUGGUUAAGGCCGAUCUCUCCGCUUAGAUUGUGUUCACUUUUGAAUAAAUUUGGUACUAGCCUUUUAUUCUAAAUUUGUCAGAAACUAUAUUGUAGACACUAGUCACUAUGCAAUGCUUUUGUCAUGUUUGGUUUAUCUUCGAAAUGGAGAGAAUCUAGCUAGUAGCAAACAACAUACUUGGUUCAGA